GAUUGAGCCUCUCACUUUUAACAUAAUUUUCUUCCGGCCAUAGUCCAUCGGUAGUUCCACCUUAAAAUGCGAAGAAGAGAGAGAGAGAGAGACGAUAAACGAAUAAUGAUUAUAUGCUUGCAGAGAAAAGCAGCACAUUGACUACAGCGUAUUUUUUUUGAAAAUGUACUUGAAGCGUUUCCUCGUUGCCACGGCUAUUGGCUUCAUGUGGUAUUUCUCAGAUUACGGAGAAGUUACUCUCCAGUUAGGCGUGUUUAUCUGCGUUCUUUUGUCUUUUAAGCUCUUCAAAAGGUCUGUUGAAUGUAGUACACAGACAGAUGACUUGGCUGAAAAUUCACCAAAUCAGGAAAUAAAUGAGGAGAAAAUAUGCAGUUCUGAUGGGAGCAGUAUGAUCAGUACUAAGGAGGAAUCAUCACAUGGGUUACAAUAUGUAAAUGUUAAGAGAUCUCUUCAAAAAGUGUUUGAGUGUGCAUAUGAGCAGACAUUCGUUCCUUGGUACAAUGUACCUGAGGCCAUCACCAGCCAGCCACUGCAUGGAGCUCUCAAGACUGAGUUUGACCUAUUUGUUGAUCGGCUCAUCAGUAGGGCACGAGGGUUUGAUCUUUGUGCUGCAAGUGUGGGGUGCAUUCGCAUCCUCAGCCAACACCUGCAUAAUGCAAAGCAGUCUAAAGAAGCCCCUCUGUUCAGCUCCCGAGCAGAGGAGAUGAGAGUCCUCCGGGUGUUUUCUGAAGCCCUUGUGCGGAACCUCCUCCCGGAGACCCUGUGGGACCUUGAACUCUACCGCUGUAUUUUAAAUGAAGUAGUUGCUGUAAAAGUGUUAGACCUUCUAGUGACUUGGCUCUCGGAUCCAGACAAUCUUAACCAGCUGAUAGUGAGCCAGCUGGAUGGAGUGGCUGUCGGCCGAUCUGUGGAGGACCUGCGUGCGUCCGAGAGAGAGAACGGUGCCUCCUCAUCCGAGUCUGAAGACGCUGGAGCCUCAGCAGAUGAUGCAGAGGAUAUCUCCAGAAAGAGAAAUAAACCUGGUAAGAAAUUAAAAGAAGGAUGGUCAAAAUUUCUUGAAAAAAUGAAGUCCAAGAAGGCCAAGAAGAAGGAGCAGGAGCUGAUCUACAAGGCCCUAGAGCGCCAGAGUUCAGCUUCCCCUGAGGAUUACUGUAAUGCUGUCAGCAACAAUGAGGGCUCUGUCAGGAGUGAAACAGACUCUGAAAGUGAGAUCAGUGACUUCGAGACCUACCUUACAAGUGUCCAGGAGGACAUGAUGGAGUUUAAGUUGUCUUAUGAGAUGUGGAGAGUGGGUAACUGGAAUGUCACAGUGAAGAAUGUUCAGCGAGAGAGUGAGGAGUUAUGUUUCACAGUUCAUCUGGAAGAACGAGACAACCCUGAAAAUCUGCACUGGGAUGUGAUGAAGACGCAAACAGACCUCCUCUUCUUCCAUAGCCGAUGGCAGGACAUGUCAGGUCUGCCAUCGGUUUCUGCCAUAGUUGAUGACAAAGGGAGGGAUCUGGAUGAAGCAUUUCAAGAAGAAACUAAGACCACUUUGCAGACUUUUCUUCAGGAACUGGUUUCAGAUUCCCAGUUUGGCCACAGUCAGCCAGUGUUUCAAUUCCUGUGUCCACUGGACAAGUUGCUGAGCGAGGAGCAACCUUGUGGCGGAGUGUGGGGUCUCGUCAGUGGCAUCGCCUACUUCCUGACUCCUUCAUACGAGGAAGAGGAGCACUUUAGCCCGGUUGCAGAGGCGAACACAGAGGACGUGAAGACUACAGUCAUAAUGAAUAAGCUAGAGGUUGUGAAAAAUGAAGUGGAACAUACUGAAGGAGACACUAAAGAACCUCAUCACACCAGCCUCAAGAGUAUGUGUCCUACCAAUGCCAGUAACACUGACCAGAUUGAAGAGAUUGAACCUACACGAGCCGAUGACGGCACAUCUGAAGGGUUAGAGGAUGACUGUGAUCAACCCGGAGCCAUAAUCAGCGGGCUCUCCAGUAUCACGGAAAGUUUUGAUGAAUUUCUGGCCAAAGCUAAAUCUGUGAUUCCCAAAGUGCAUCAUACAAUAAUCAAUCAAAAUUCAGACUCUUUGGUGUUAAAUGAUUCUUGGUCUCAUCUGGGGAACAAAACAAGUAAAAGGGACAACAUUUUACACAAAAUGUCUGCUGGGAGGCACAAGAGCAAAGAAAAAGACCAAGGCUGCAUAGCAAAAGAGGACUCGCAUACUCAGAGCCAUUUGGAGAAAAACACUAACCAGUCUUGGGAACAUCUGGAAGCUACUAAAGCCAUAUUUGAUUUGCUGAAAGAAAUAUCUGGUAAUUCAUUUAUCCUCAACAUAUUUGAUGCUAUUUUAAAACCAGUUAUGCCUUUGGUGAAGAAGAAAGUGAAUAGCUUCUUGGAUAGAAUGAAUCCUACAGAAGCACAGGUGGCAUCCUGCAUUGACACUGCUCGGGAAAAGCAGUGGCCCGAGGGUCCUCAAACCUCAAUGGACUCAAGACCUCAAAGGACUCAGGAGGAGAAGAGUGGCACGAGAGAACGAGCUCAACAACUCAUCAAUACCAAAUAUUCAAAGUAUCUUAUACUCAAGAAGACUGAUGUGGAAACAGUGUUUAAGAUCUUCCAAGAGGCUGAGGAGAACAGGAAAUUGGCCUAUAUGCUGCUAUCAUUCCUGUUGCAUGAAUUCUUGCCCGGAGAACCUGCUCUUAAUGUGAUAGCUCAACUAUAUGUGAAAGACGUCAUUUGACUUCAAAUAGAAUCAGUUUUUUUAGCUGUUUAUUUAUUAUAAAAUAAUUAGUAUACAUUUUAUCAUUCCAUAGUACUGGUCAUGUAAUAUUUUAACAUAAAUAUAUUUUGAAUAAAUCCUCUCUUUUUAUGAAUGCAUUUGAACUGUGAAGUUCAAAAUGAAUUGAUACUUCAUGGAAUACUGUGAUGACAUUUUUAAUUCAUUUCCCAAUCUCUGGCUGCCCCGCAGAAUUUUGUUUUGAUGUUUCUGAAGUUUUUUGCUAUGCACCACUUAAAUCACUUUAUUAUUUGGUUGUUGAAAUGUCUUGAUUGCUGAAAUUUACUACACUUUUUUUUUUUAAACUGAACUUUUUUGACAUUCAUGUGACUUCAGGGAGCACAAUGGGACUGUAUGCAAACCUCACUUAAACUUGUUGUACAGUGUAUGACAAAUAAGUUAAGUAGCCUAUAUUUCUGAAGAAGCAAGCUUUUCAUGUCUUCUGAAAAGGAACUCCACAAAUGCUCCACAAGUCAUGAACCAGGCCUACUAAAACUGAAAGCCAUUUAAGAAUAAGAAAGAUUGUUGGCCUAAUUGAAGGGUUAGGUUUAUUUUAAAAUGUGUUAUGUGUUUAUUUUAAAAUGUGUGUGGGAGAUUCAUGAGUGUAUCCAGAAAGCUAAUGUUUCUGCAAAUUUCAAUAAAUGUGUUUCACCUGUAA